GAACUGGCUUCCUCUGUGGAGAUCUCAAUCUGGGCCCUCAGUUCCUGCCCCCAAAACACAGGAUCAGAGACACUGGGAGACCUGGCCUCAUACUCCUUGCUCCAAGGGGUGGUCAGGACAGACUGAAAAUAGGAACUGCAUCCAAAAAGCUAAAGGGAAUGACUCCAGCAGAGCAUCCCACUCCUUUGAAGAGCUCAGAGGAAGAUGUCGGCCCAGUCCCUCCCUGCAGCAACACCCCCUACCCUGAAGCCCCCUCGGAUCAUCCGCCCCCGCCCCCCCUCUCGUCCCCGAGCAGCCCAGUCCCCAGGGCCCCACCACAACGGCUCCUCUCCACAAGAAUCUCCCCUCAGCUCCAAAGAUGCACCAACCCCCAUGUGCACCCCUAUCUUCUGGGAACCCCCAGCCUCAUCUCUCAAGGCCCCUGCCCUUCUGCCCCCCCCAGCUUCUAAAGCCAGCGUUGACUCCCAGACUUUCCCAGAUUCACCUUCUAGCACCCCCAGCCCAGGGUCCCGGCUCUCCAUCUCUUCAGAACCUGCUCCCCGGUCCCCAGCACCCCCACCCAAACCCUCUGGGUCACCGUGCACACCUCUGCCCCUGCUCCCCACGGCCCAGGUCCCAGCCCAGGAUGGCUCUGCCUCGGCCCCAGGCACCGUGCGGAGAUUGGCUGGCAGGUUCGAGUGGGGGGCUGAAGGUAGAGUACAGGCUGCAGAUGACCAGGAGCCCUGUUCCCAAGGGGACAUGGAUGUGGAUGAAGAGAGAGAGACUUCCCAGGCCAAUCUGGCUGGGAGUGGGUCCCAGGAGAACGGCACUCCAGAUGCUGCCCUGGCCUGCCCUGCCUGCUGCCCCUGUGUGUGCCAUGUAGCUCGGCCUGGCUUAGAGCUCCGAUGGGUACCAGUGGGGGGCUACGAAGAUGGCCCCAGGGCCCCCUGCCGGGCCUCCCCACUGCGGACCUCCCGCUCCCGGCCUGGCCCCCCAAGCGUCCGUCACCCCCCAGUUGUCCUGACAUCCUAUCGCUCCACUGCUGAGCGCAAACUCCUGCCUCCCCUAAAACCGCCCAAACCAACUUGGGUCAAGCAGGAUGCCCUCAGCUCUGGGGACUCCCCACAGCCAGAUCUCGAUCUGCCCUCUGAAGAUGGAAUCCAAACAGGGGCCUGUCCUGAUGAGGCUCCUCAGGAUGCUCUUCCCGCAGCCAUGGAGGGCAGGGAGGAUGAGGGGCUGGAGGAGCUGAGGGAGCAGAACUGGGAGCUGCCCCUGCAGGACGAGCCCCUGUACCAGACAUACCGAGCAGCUGUGCUGUCAGAGGAGCUGUGGGGGGUCGGUGAGGAUGGGGUUCCUUCUCCAACUAAUCCUGGAGAAGCUUCCACCUUUGCACGGCCUCCUGGACCCCGCAAUACUCUGUGGCAGGAGCUUCCUGCUGUUCGAGCCAGUGGCCUCCUGGACACCCUUGGCCCCCAGGAGAGACGCAUGCAGGAGAGCCUGUUUGAGGUGGUGACAUCGGAGGCCUCCUACCUGCGCUCUCUGCGCCUGCUGACUGACACCUUUGUGCAGAGCCAGGCUCUCCGGGACACGCUCACACCCCGGGAUCACCACACCCUCUUCUCCAAUGUGCAGCGAGUCCAGGGAGUCAGCGAACGGUUUCUAGGGACGUUACUGUCCCGAGUGCGCUCUUCCCCCCACAUCAGCGACCUGUGUGACGUGGUGCAUGCCCAUGCUGUGGGUCCCUUCUCAGUGUACGUGGACUACGUGCGGAACCAGCAGUAUCAGGAGGAGACCUACAGCCGCCUUAUGGACACGAACAUGCGCUUUUCCACCGAGUUGCGUCGGCUGCAGAGCCUCCCGAAGUGUGAGCGGCUUCCGCUACCCUCCUUCCUGCUGCUGCCCUUUCAGCGCAUCACUAGGCUCCGCAUGCUGCUGCAGGGCCGCAGAGCAGGGGCCCCCAUCACCCUUCCUCCUUGUCCCCAGAAUAUCCUGUGCCAGACCGAGGAAGGGUCCAGCCGUCAGGAGAAUGCCCAGAGAGCCCUGGGUGCUGUCAGCAAGAUCAUUGAGCGGUGCAGCGCCGAGGUGGGGCGCAUGAAGCAGACUGAGGAGCUGAUCCGGCUCACCCAGAGGUUGCGCUUCCACAAAGUCAAGGCCCUGCCCCUGGUCUCCUGGUCGAGGCGCCUGGAGCUGCAGGGGGAGCUGACCGAGUUAGGAUGCCGGAGGGGGGGCGUGCUCUUCACCUCCCGCCCCCGCUUCACUCCUCUCUGCCUGUUGCUCUUCAGUGACCUGCUGCUCAUCACUCAGCCCAAGAGUGGGCAGCGGCUACAGGUUCUGGACUACGCCCAUCGCUCUCUGGUCCAGGCCCAGCAGGUUCCAGACCCAUCUGGGCCCCCGACAUUCCGCCUCUCCCUUCUCAGCAACCACCAAGGCCGCCCCACCCACAGGCUACUCCAAGCUUCGUCCCUAUCAGACAUGCAGCGCUGGCUGGGAGCAUUCCCUACCCCAGGCCCCCUGCCCUGCUCCUCAGACACCCUCUAUGAUGACUGUGACUGUUCCCAGGAACUGUGCUCAGAGUCUUCUGUGCCAGUCAAGAGCGAGGGACGGAGUCUAGAGUCCAGGGCUCCCCCCAGGCACCUGCACAAGGGCCCUGAAGGCUGGCUGAAGGGGCUUCCUGGGGCCUUCCCUGCCCAGUUGGUGUGUGAAGUCACAGGGGAACACGAAAGGAGGAAGCACCUUCGCCAGCACCAGAGGCUCCUCGAGGCUGUUGAGCCCUCUCCAGGAUCCCCCAUUGCCCCCCCACCCUAAAGCAGGUUGGGGGUCAGCACAGGUUUUGACAUCUGGCACCAAGAGGACAAAGGCCAUCCAUCCUUUGGAUUCGCUGUCAGUUGAAACGCUACCUCUAGUGGCAACCAAUAGGGACCAAGCUUCAGGAUAGGGCAGCCAGUGAAAACGGAGUCGUCCACGCCCACGCAGGAGGGAGAAUGAGGUUGGCUUGAGUGGGUUGCCAAUGGAAACAGAGGCUUAGUGAGGAACAGCCAGUGGAUACUGAGCUGGCUGAGCGCUGGCCAGUGAGUAUCCCUGCUGUGCUCAUGUCAAGGAAGGCGAAACUAGGUAAACAAAGUUGCAAAAGGGCUGCAUUGGAGAUAAAGUCCUAGGAUAAAAUAGCCAACAAUGAUGAGCAGGGGCCCAUCCAGCCAAAGAAGAUGGUGAUCUGGGCCCAGGAGACCAGCAGUGGCCUUGCUUGGUUCUAUAGCAACCACCGUCCUGCCCCUUGAGUCUAGGAAGUAUUAGAUUCUAUUCCUGGGGUGCCUCCUCUGCCCUCUCAAGCCACUUGCUUGCUUCUAGAAGAAUCCAGUGUGUGUGUCUGAGAGAAUCCAUGUGUGCGCAUGUGCACAUGUGCGUGAAUGUGUGUGUCUGUGUACGCAUCAGGGAAGGCGAUUCUGCUGAACAUGGUGUGUGUGUGGUCUUGCCCCCUCCCCAGAUGAUUGAGUGCUCAUUUCUCCCCACCCCUACUUUCCCCACAUUUUUCCUGUUCUCUCCAAGAAAGACACUAGGUCUAAGCUCCAGAGGAGAAUGUGGCUUGGCAGCCAGAGGCCAGAGCUGGGAUGAGGAUCCUGGCUUCUGGGUCCUUUGGAGGCCAGUGUUCCAUGACGGUUGGAGGGUGAUGUUACAGAGCAGCCAAACAACCUGGCAGAGGAGCCAAAGUGACUGAAGAUGGCCAGUAACUAGGGGCUGAGACCCCCUGGAACCUGCAGGCCCUUCUGCUGCCCAAAGCUUGGCCUCUAUAAUCCCUGCCUACAGACCCUCCAACCUGAACUAUAACCAGUCAUUCAGCCUUAACCUUGGGCUUCAGACCUGCUCUGGGUCCCAGAUUUGGGUAAGGAAACAGGAGCCGUGGAUCACAGGCCAGCUGGUGAACCUUCUGGGCUUUCUUGUCUUCACCCUGGUCCUCUCGCUAAAACACUGGGUCAAGCAGUGGGGAGAGAAGAGAGCCAGUGCUGCUGCUCAACCCCAUCUGGAGCAUCUGUUUCCAGAUGAGAAAAUGCCCCCAAAGGAGAAGCCACGAAGCCAGAAGGAGAAGAGGGACGGAGACAGAGUGGAGGAGACAGCUGCUGGCAAGUGGUAGCCUAGGCCCAGCCCAGGCCUUCCCUGAGCUAGGCCAUCACAACUUCUCUUCAGCUCAUGGAUGGUAACCUGCCCAGGACAGAAGCUGCCAUGCUGACCACAGGAGAUGCAAGGACUCUGGCAAGCUUCGGAGGGGGAAAAGCCCUGGCAUUUGGCAUGUCCAUGACUUUGGGGAUUCACCGAGCACAGUGCCAGGUAAAUGAGAAACCCUCAAUAAAUGUUGGUGGAGUUGA